AUGAACUCGUAUCCACCAGAACUGCUGGUGCAACUCGCACCAGUCAUGUUCGUCGCCGGUCUCGACGUCCCACCGCCACCGCCUCCAGACGCAGAAGGCAACGCGUCCAAACCAGAUCCCUUCCAAGUCCUCGCCAUCCGUCUCCGCGAAGCCCUCACAAACCAACGCAAGGUAGCCAUCUGGCAAUCCGACAAGUCCAAGACCUUCCAAGUCAUACUCGUAGACAAGGACGUGCGCUUCCCACCACGCAAACUGGUUCCACCCGACGACCCACAGUACUCGAAUGCACAUUCGCCACUUUCGCCCUUGACGCCUUCGUCGCCUCUGUAUCCGGAUGGCUUGAUAGCGCCGAUUUGGAUACGGAAACAUACAACUCUCGUGCCUUCCGUUUUGGUAAUGUUUAUGAGGAUAUUCGAGUUACCUCCGCCUAUACUUCGAAGUCCGGAAGACGGUCCUGAACUCGAACGGGAGAGGGCUGAAGAGGAGAGACGCAGAGAUGCUGAAUUGGCUGCCGAGAUUGCACAACGCAAGAGGGGAACUAACGAACGUGGAGUGAAACUCACCGUCGUUCUCAUGGCGAGCCGGCGUCUACUGGACGAUCCAAAGUUGGACGCACGGCUUGCUUUUAUUCGGCGGCAAAGUGGAUUGGAUUCUCGAGCAGCGUUGUUCGUCUUGAGCCCGGUUAGCCCAAGUGAAUUGGGCGACUUUGUCAAGAGUCUCCAACAAGCUCUUUAUGAACCCGCAUUGGAAUACUACACGGCCCACUCGAAACGAGUACGAAGGAAGCGCAAUCGACAUUCACAAGCGACCACGUACACCAACCCUGCCAUUGCCCUCGCAAAUCCUAACGUCGCUCGACCGCUCCGGCCAGAAGGAUGGACAGUUCGAUACGAGUACAAGAUGGCGUGCUUCGCUGAAUUCCGCGGUGAAGAUGAAGUCGCCCUCAAACAUUAUCAAGAUGCGUAUAGCGCCUUGAUCAUCAUGUUCGGCUCGACUGCCAUUUUGCCCCCGCGAACAAAGCGAUGGGCAGAAGCCAAAGUACUGGCUGACUGUAUCAACAUCAAGAUCGUCAAACUGUACCUCUACAACAAUGAGCACGCUCUAGCUCUUGCGCAUCACAAUACCCACAUACGACAAUUCAAUGACCUUUCGAGAGGUUGGGGGAUUGGUGAAGAGACCUUCGAGUUCUGGGGCUGGGUUGCACGGCAGUAUCGGAUAUUGGCCGAGUUGAUUGACCAGGGUACUCGAUCUGGACUCCUUAUCCCAGUCCACAAACCUGUCGCACCACCUAACCCAGCCACCGCCGCGACGCGUGCUGCUAUGGGUGUCGCCGAGUUGGACGCUCUACGAUCACUUGGUAUCAACCCCAGCCAUGCCCUGCAGCAUUCGGGGUAUUACUAUUAUAUGGCUGCGAAAGCUACGGACAUGCGGCGUGAACGGUUCUUGGCUGCUGUCGAGGCGGAGAACAACAACCAACCGAUCACCAUUUCACCUGGAUUCGCAAACGAGAAAAAGGUCGAUCACUUGUCGCUUGUACUGGAGCUAUACACCAAAGCAUAUGAAAUGUUCAAGAGGUAUAACCCGCCAUCACAGGGUCAAUCUCCAGGCCGUCUGACUAUGCUGAUUGCCUACCGGAUCGCGGAGAUUUAUGCCCUGUCCGGGAAGUACGACAUGGCCAUCCGGUUCCUGGAACGCAUCGCCAAGACGUAUAGGAAAGAAGGCUGGUACCUGAUGCUCAGGCCCCUCCUCGCCAAAUGGUACCACUGUGCACAGCAGAUGCCCGAUGUGAACCUGAGCAUCAAACUGCUUCUCGAGAUGAUGGGCCAUGAACCGGCUGAGGAUGAUGAGCCGACGUCUCUUCAGGAGGAUCUACUCGCUGUUCUGCAAAGCACCGUUCCAACAUCCGACGAUGAGGUGCUCGUGUACGACUUUGAAGACACUUUGCCUAUAUUCGAAACCAGCGUUGCAUUCUGGGACACUGAGGUUCAUGUAUCACAGCCAGCUGCCUUUCAGCUAUCGUUGUCUGCCCCUCCCCGUGUCGUUGUUUCGUCCCUACCCAUAACGUCUAUGGAAGUACACUUCCUAGGAUUGAAUGAGCCUUUGGUCGUUCGACACGAUGAUUCGGAAGAAGUGGUAACGCGGCCAACGCGGGUUGACCUUGGCAACAUCAAAGUCGGCGACGAGACUCCUUCAGAGGUUUCUGGUCAUUUGCGAUGGGGACCUGGCAGCACGGUCGUGUUUACGGGGACGGUGUCUGCCGAGCGGCCUUCGAGGUUGACGGUUGAGAAAGUGUUGUUGAACCUUGAACAGAAUAAAUGGAAAAUCCAGAUGCCGUUGUCUUUGAACAUGUCUAGGACCAGCUCGCGGAUACAACCUCGAUGGUUGCGUUCACUGGACCCGCCCAGGUUCAUUCCCGUCAACCGUCAAGAGUUCUCAUUCGCCAUUGUUAAACAUCGACCCCAUCUCGUUGACGUCUCGAUAUCUCACCACACACCUUCAUACCUGGACGAAGAUUACGAGAUUCACAUCCAAGUUACGAACCGGGAUGAGAAGGAGCUCGAUGUCACAGUUGACAUCCUAUUGCAGCCAUCCGACAUUGACUAUGCGGUCAACUCUAUCUCCAUCGAUGACCAGGUUUCCACUGGGCUGAUUAAAGAUAUCCAACUAGGCAAACUCUUGCCUGGCAUGACCGCGUCAAAGAUUCUUCACCUGUUCAGUGCCGGUGCCGUCGGGGAUCGCGCUCUGGAUAUUUCUGUCACUUCCAGUGCAAUUGUCCUUUCCGAGGAGUCAUCUGACGAAGAGGAUGCAGAGGAAAGCGAAGAACCUCCUUCGCCGACUUCGUUAGACAAGACGGCACAUCAGAGAACAGUCAUCAUUCCAACCAUUGCGCCAUUCGACAUUAGCGAUAAUGUUGUCUAUGCCAGAACGCGGAAGGAAUGGCCCGCUCUGGCGGAUCUAUCUACAUUCCACGAGGAGGGCAUUAGUGCUCACGAGGCAUCCAUCAGCUUGCAAUGCAUUUGUACCGGCCCUUGGGGUAUUUUCGUUGAAUCUGCCGCUGUCGAGAUUGAUAAGAGUAACUCUCGGUUCAAGCUCCUGGACUCUUCGAUAGACAUAGAAGACUGCAACUUGUAUCCGGGAGAAUACCUUCCUGGGGACGAGUUCUCGAUAUCCUGCAGACUCGCGCUGAUUAAGUCAGACCUUGUAUCCGAGAAUCAACCUAUUCCAAGCCCAGGGAAGUUUAUCCUUUCUUGGAGAAGAAUACUCCCCGAUGGAAGCCACGGAAAGCUUUCGACUACGACCACUUUGUUGCCCAUUCUUCAGCCGCCCAUGGACGAACUCGUAGCACUGAUGGACAUCGAGCCUACGGGAGUCCUCCACAAGCCGAUGCCUAUGACGAUCAUCGUGCGGAACAACCACCCUCAUCGUUCGGCGAAUGUUACCGUCCAACUUGACCCUGACUCUGGGGAUGGAUUUGUGGUUUCGGGUGUGCGAGCUGCCAGAGUGCCUGUUCUGCUUCCUGGAUCCGAGGAAAGGAUAACGUGGUCGAUCAUCCCACUGGAAUGUGGCUAUGUGAGGGUUCCUCGGAUAAGGGUUCUGGAUAGACGUAAGGCGAUUCAGACCAGCGCUUCGGAGGAUACGCAGGGCCAUGAUGGGUUCGUUGGGGAACCGGUGAAGGUUGUUGAUCUGAGGAGAGACCGACGGUAUCGCAUCCCUAUUCAGGGAGAUGAGGGUGAAGAUGGUAUUGAUCAUGACACCGGGACGGAGUUGGGAACCGUGCUAGUUCUUCCUGCUGUGUAA